CCUCUCACAUUGUCUAUGUUACCGUCCGGCUCUGUAUGCAUUUAAGUGUUUGCUUGGCAGUCGACCGAAAACAGAAUUGGUGAUGAAAUAUUUUUCAAACAAGCACAAGACGUCGUUUGUACCCUAGCUGACAGGAGACUCCAGUGGUAGCCUACCGGUGGACACCUCGUCUCUCUUUAGGUGACGGGAAGGCAGGUGUCAAGGACUCCCUUCUAUCACUCUGCCCUCGUCUCUACCUCGCUUUUUCGCUCCGAGCCAUGGCAUCAUCUCUGCUCAGUCGGCAGCUGACCCUCUCCCUCCAGCAGAACCUGAGGCUUGCCACACCAGGGUGCAGGUAUGUCAGCAAGGCUGCCCCACAAGCUAAGGUGGAGUUUGAGUAUGAUGGUCCCUCCAUGAAGACAAAAGUACCUGGACCACGAUCAAAGGAACUCACUAAACAGCUUGGAGAUAUCCAGAAUGUGGGAGCAAUUAACUUCUUCUGCAACUAUGAGGAGAGCAAAGGGAACUAUCUGGUUGAUGUGGAUGGAAAUCGCAUGCUGGACGUCUACACCCAGAUCUCCUCUAUUCCUAUUGGAUACAACCAUCCCUCGCUCAUGAAAGUGAUGGCCAACCCACACAAUCUGAGUGCAUUUGUGAACCGGCCAGCACUUGGGAUCCUACCACCUGAGAACUUUCCAGAGAAGCUGUCCGAGAGUCUUCUCUCGAUUUCCCCCAGUGGUAUGACUCGUGUACAGACUAUGGCUUGUGGCUCCUGCUCCAAUGAGAACGCUUACAAAGCCAUGUUCAUCUGGUACAGGAACAAGGAGAGGGGACACAACACUCCAUCUGAUCAUGAUGUCAGUUCCUGCAUGAUAAACCAGUCGCCUGGCUGUCCAGACCUCAGCAUCUUGUCUUUCAUGGGUGGAUUUCAUGGGAGGACCAUGGGUUGCCUGGCAACAACACACUCCAAAGCUAUUCACAAGCUGGACAUUCCCUCGUUUGAUUGGCCCAUCGCUCCCUUCCCUAAACUCAAGUACCCCCUGGAGGACUUUGUCAGGGAUAAUGCCCAAGAGGAAGCCCGAUGCCUGGAGGAGGUUGAGGACCUGAUUGUCAAAUGGAGACAAAAGGGAAAGCCUGUGGCAGGUAUUGUGAUAGAGCCAAUACAAGCAGAGGGAGGGGAUAACCACGCCUCCCCAGACUUUUUCAAAAAGCUACGGAACAUCACACGGAAGCAAGGCUGUGCCUUCCACGUGGACGAGGUGCAGACAGGGGGAGGAGGAACAGGAAAGUUUUGGGCCCACGAACACUGGGGCUUGGAUGACCCAGCAGACAUUGUCUCCUUCAGCAAGAAGUUACUCACUGGUGGCUACUACCACAAAGAUGAGCUCCAGGCUGACAAGGCAUACCGCAUCUUUAAUACGUGGAUGGGAGACCCCUCAAAGAACUUGUUCCUGGCAGAGGUCCUGAAUGUAAUCCGUAGAGAGAAUCUUCUGGAAGAGGUCACGCGCUCUGGGAAAGCCUUGCUGCAGGGGCUUUAUGCACUACAGGCACAGUACCCUAACCUGUUGAGCCGCGCUCGAGGACAGGGGACAUUCUGUGCCAUUGACAUUUGCAAUGAUGCAACACGUAACAGUAUCCUCCUUAAGGCCAGGGACAAAGGGGUUCUCCUGGGGGGUUGUGGCGAUUACUCGAUUCGGUUUCGUCCAUCUCUGGUCUUUAAGGAGUACCACGUUCACCUUUUCCUCAACAUCUUCAAUGAUGUUCUGGCAGAACACAACUAGAAGCCAACUAAACACAACCCUGUCCCAACCAACUUAAAUAUGGUCAACCCAACUGGGGAGGGAGAGCACAAUAAGGAGGUUCAUGAAGCACACAGAUUUUCUGACUGAACACUUUUCUUUCUUCUCAUACUUGUUCCUCCCAUGGCAGUUCAUCCAUAGUGUCUUAGCCAUUUAUUUGGAAACCCCAUUUGAAAGCACAUAAUAGUAAUAUCAAUUGCUCUUAUUCAAGCUUUUCAAAUACCAAUUUUCCUAAUCAGUUCCCUCCAUGGGUAUUUCAUUAAAAGAAAGCAAAUUGUAUUAGAAAUUAAGCUCAUCAAUUCCUUUAGGUCCAGAUCUAGGAUGUACACAUCUAAUAAUUACCCAUCCUUAAAGUGUGUUUUAACAAAACAGUUUUUCAGUUUUGCCUGAAAUGUUUUAACCCUAACCAAUGUGAUUUUGUGAAGGACAAUGGGAUAAUAAUGUAAAAGGUUAUUAAUGUGCCCGCAUGUUGUGUAAUUUCUCAACUUUUUACUCAAGUAUUGCAGGUUUCAUAAUUUAAAACUACAAUUUAUUGAAAAAUACUCACUAACAAUAUUUUCACUAACAGGCUAUCAAGAUGUACAACAGUGGUACUAUAUAACAUAUAUAUAUAAAUGUACUUUUCAAGAUAUAAUUUCCCCCCCUAAAUAGUAGCAAUAGGAACAUAUGUAUUUUUUGAGCAAUGUCUAUGUAAAGCCACACCCGAGUGGGCAGGGCAUCUUAGUACGUUCUUUCGUUAUCCUUUUUUAAAACAACAGAACCCAUAGUUGAUGUACAGUACAAGGUAUUUCCAUAGUCUUGAAUGCCUCUAAUGUUUUUGAAUAAUGUGGGCAGGUUGAAAUGUUGUGGAGAGCUCUAGUCUGAGGCUUCUACUAAAUUGUCAUUAAGCCUUCAUAAUGAUGAUGAUGGUGCCAGUCUUAUUUGGCCAAGUCAGUAUUGUAUAGAGAGCUUUGUUUUGUUGAUUACUUGUUAAUCAAUAACAAGAUAUAAAGAGUAUUGCUAUGUUGGUUUACAGUGUUCUGUGAGUUCGAAUAUUAUUUAUGUCAUAAUUUCAAAUGGAUAUUGUCUAUGAAGCAUCCACUAUGUAUUCUAAAAUAAUAAACCAUAAUGAAAUGUU